UGUAACUGACAUGGCUCCGGCUCGCCUGUUUACCAGAGCUUGCUUUCAGAGCUGAGGACGCUGAAAAGCCGCUCCUCUUCGCUGGGCGGUUCCAGCCUGAAACGGACGUCUUUCUUUUCUUUUCUUUUUUUCUUUUCUUUUUUUUUUUUUAAAGGAAGAAAGCUCACCGACAAAACUAUCAACGCAGACACAAACAUGGCGCCCACCUCCACUAAGAACUUCUGAUGAAAGUGUGUGCGGCGAAGAAGUGGCCUGCAAAGUUUUAGGAAGUAUUUUUUKGGGGCAUUUUCUUUUUUUACUCUCCUCGCGUCGUCUUCGUUGGUUGAAACGGAAUAUAUCAAGCUGUAAUACAAGUUGCCUACAUGUCAACAUUAUAGUGUCUUGCUGCAGUGUAAACAGCUGGACCGCCCAGCCAUGAUUGAGGACAAGGGUCACCGCGUGGCCGACUACUUUGUGGUAGCCGGCCUCACGGACAAGUCCACGCCGCUGGAGCAGGACCUGUCGGAGACCAAGUCCGGUGGAUUUAAAGGACCCAUCACUGACCUGGCCGUCAUCAACAAGUCAGCGGGUGAAACGGUCCCCGAGGGAUUCACCUGUGUUGACACCACCUACAGUGGCCAGCCGGCCAACCUAAACCAUGGCAGCCUGAAGAGCCCCGAGUUCUACCUGUGCUACAAACGAGGGCGGGGCAAAGCGCCUCUCAUCGACGUCGGCGUGCUGUACGAGGGCAAGGAGCGUCUGAUUCAGGGCUGCGAGGUCAUCCAGGCCACGCCGUACGGCCGCUGCGCCAACAUCAACAACAGCUCCGCCACCUCGCAGCGCAUCUUCAUCACGUUCCGCCGAGCGCAGCCCGUCCAGCCGCAGAACUCCCUGGCAGUGACGGACAUCUGCGUCAUCAUCACCAGCAAGGGGGAGACGCCGCCGCACACCUUCUGCAAGGUGGACAAGAACCUCAACUGUGGCAUGUGGGGCUCCAAUGUGUUCCUGUGUUACAAGAAGUCCGUAUCUGCGUCGAACUCUCUAAGCUACAAAGCAGGUCUAAUCUUCCGUUACCCUGAGGAGGAYUAUGAGUCUUUCCCCCUGUCAGAGUCUGUCCCACUUUUCUGUUUGCCGAUGGGUGCCAAGAUCGAGUGCUGGGCGCCUAACACUCACAACCCGCUACCCGUCUUUUCCACGUUUGUUUUAACUAUCAGUACUGGUGAAAAGGUGUAUGGAUCAGCCAUUCAGUUUUACGAGCCGUAUCCAGACGAACUUCUGAGCGAGAAGCAAAAGAUCCAGCUGGGUCUGCUCACCACGGUGGAGAAGAAAACGAUCCCCAACCGGUCGGUACACUCCAACAAAUGCAUCUGUCUGCUGUCCCGCUGGCCCUUCUUCGAGUCCUUCCGCAAGUUCCUGAUGUUCAUCUACAAGCUCUCGGUCACGGGUCCCCAUCCACUGCCCAUCGAGAAACACAUCUCGCACUUCAUGCACAACGUCUCAUUUCCUUCCCCUCAGAGACCCAGAAUCCUUGUCCAGCGGGGCGGACUAUGGCUCUCUGCUGAUGAAUCUGGGCUCAGAGAACUGCGCCACCCUGCUGCACUUUGUUCUGAUGGAGAACAAGAUCCUGCUGCACUCUCUCAGACCUGACGUGCUCACUGGGGUGGCCGAGGCCGUGGUGGCUAUGAUCUUCCCCUUCCAGUGGCAGUGUCCAUACAUCCCCAUUUGUCCACUCUCCUUAGCCGACGUCCUCAACGCUCCGUGUCCCUUCAUCGUGGGCGUGGACUCCCGUUACUUCGACCUCUACGACCCCCCGCCCGACGUGGUCUGUGUGGAUCUGGACACCAACACCAUCUACCUGUCUGAUGAGAAGAAACACAACAACUGGAAGAAUCUCCCAAAGAAGCCCUGCAAGAGUCUGAUCAACUCGCUGAGCAACCUGCACCACCAGCUGGCCGCAGUAGCAGUGCAUAAGGCUCCACAYGGGGACUUGGCGUUGGACCUUAGCCCCUUUGACGCUGACUUUAAGUGGCAGAAGAGGAAAAUGGGCCUGGAAAUGGAGAUCCAAGAAGCCUUCCUCCGUUUUAUGGCAUCCAUCCUAAAGGACUACCGAGGCUACCUCAAACCCAUCACCAAGGCACCGUCCGAGAAGUCCACGGCUAUAAACUCCCUUUAUGACCUGCAAGACUUUCUGAAGAGUCGAGACCGAGCCCAUCAGAAGUUUUACUCCCAGCUCACCAAGACMCAGAUAUUUAUCCGCUUYAUUGAGGAGUGCACCUUCGUCAGCGAUAAGGACACGGGCCUGGUGUUCUUUGACUACUGUAUGGACAAGAUCGAAAAAGAAUCGUCCGAAGAUACCAAGCUGCUGGAGCUGGACGAGUCUCAAAAGAGUGAGCACACCGUCUUCGUGAUGCCUCCCGAACCACCGCCGGACAACGGACCAGAACCUGCUCCCCGCUACACCUAUAAAGGUUUCCCGAAGCUGCAGCUGAGUCUGUUCGACCGUCCCAGAGAGUUACGGCCCGCGCUGAGCAGCAGAGCGGCUGGGGCCAGUCUGUCMAGCAGCCCCGCUCUGCUAACCAAGAGAACCAAGCAGGAGAUGAAGCUGGGCCACAAGCUGGCGAAGCGUUACUACACCAGACCGCACCUGUGGGGCCAGUACCUGGUGUUCCAUUGUUACACCCUGUGGUUCAUCUGCCUGCCUGCAGGGGUGCAGGUGGCCAAGUCCAAGCGUCGGGCCAUGCAGCAGGCCUUCAACCUGCUGCUGAGGAUGAGGGCCACCGAGGUGGAGAUCCUGGACGAGGUGUGUUACAGGGUGGUGUUGCAGCUCUGCGGUGUUUGGAGUUUUCCUGUCCUGGCGGUGCGAGUCCUGGUCGAGAUGAAAAGAUAYGGAAUACAACCCAACGCCAUCACAUACGGCUACUACAACAAGGCUGUCUUGGAGAGCCCGUGGCCGAAACAGUACCGGAGCGGCCGCUUCAUGUGGGCCAAGCUACGCAACGUCGUUCGGGGAGUGGCCCAGUUCAAACAGACUCAGAACCUCACAUCRUCCAAGAACAGAACCAAGAAGGGAGCUACCACAGAUGCAUCACCAGAGAGCGCUGACAAUCUGAGUCAUGGGAGUGCUCACAGCUCGAGUGAGGUCAAYGGCGAGGAACACUGUAAAAACACAGGAAGGCAGUCGGAUCAGGGGUACGGGUCUAAGGAUGAGCUCCAUCAGGAGCUGGCUGAUCCUUCGCAUCCAGCUGAGCAGAGAAACGAUAAACCAGACCACAACACACUAGGAGACAUUGCCGGCUCAAUGGACAGUGCACUACUAGCAGUGGCAGAGCCCUCCAGUCCUGUKGAGGUGUCCUCGCCUGGCCCCAGUAUCGUCAGACGGUCCUCCGGCAGCUUUGAUGGCGGCAGGGAAACAACGACAGGAGUGCUGUUCAGGAGACCAGGCAAGAAGGACAGCGUGUCUCUGGCCGACGAGGACUCGUCGCUCACAGCUGGAGAUGCAGCUAACGCGACUCAGCAGCAGCGGCAGAAGGCCUUCUCCGAACGCACCUGCAGCUUCAGCGCCGAGACCCGAGCCGGGAUGCUCCUGGAGAAAGGCGUGGACCACAUGGCCAGACAGAUGGGCGCCGACGCUCGCAUUCUGGCCUCGCUCUCCGAAGCGCAAAGCCCGUCACCCAACAACAYGUCCAAAUUUCCUUUCGCAGACCUGGAGGAGGAGCCUGAAGAGCAGAACGGCUCGUCUCAUAASAAGGCCGCCGCGGAAACGAGCGCGGGAACGUCGGAGCAAAGAAAUGGAGACGGGAAAGAGGCGAAACCCAAGAGAAAGCAAACGGAAACGCUUGGGGACGAGUCUGAAGUGCGAGGAGCCACCCUGGAGAGGGCCGACGUUCAGGCGGGAGCCGACCCGCUCUCCGUUUUGGUGUCGGAGAACGAAGAGUCGGCCUCCGUCACCAGCCAGGAGCCGCAGCGCUCCGUGCCGCUCGUUGUGUCCCGCAACCUGGCCGAGGAGAUCGAAAUGUACAUGAACCUGAGGAGCCCUCUGGGCACCAAGUUCUCCAGCAUGGAGCUCCAGCAGGGAGACUCCGCUGACGGAUCUCAGGCCCAAAAACCUCUGGAGCGGCGGUCCAGCCUGCCCGUCCCUCCCGUCAACACUCCCACCGACUCGCCAGGCGGCACGCCCAAACGCAGCCCCAACACCGUCACCCGCUCCAAGACGUUCGCCGUAAAGACGAAGGCGAAGACACCCGGGAGCACCGCGGCGAGCCCCGCCCCUCGGUCCUCGUCUCUGACGGCGAUGGUCAAGUCCUCGCAGGGGGCCUCCCUGGGGUCCGUCAUCAAYACCAUUUCAGGCAUAAAGAUGGACACCUUGUUGUCAGGACCUAAAAUUAACGUGCUCAAAUCAAGCAUGAAGCAGGCGGCGAACGUGGCCACCAAAAUGUGGGAUGCGGUGGCGUCGGCGUACUCAUACUCAGACGACGAGGACGAGCAGCCUCAGGGCGGGCGAGACUUCCCAGCCCAGCUGGAUGAAGACAUGCUGUCCGCACAYGACUUGGAUGAGAGUCCUGACAGAAAAGUCCCUCCCAGUUUGGUUUCUAACAAUCUGAAYCAGAGCUGCACCAGCCUGGGCAGCAGCAGCAGCGGCAGCAGCGACACGGGCCGAGGAACCCAGCAGACACAACCAACUCCAGGACGCUCCGCCAAGAGUCCAGACUCUGAGCAGAGUUCCUCGUCCAGCAUCUACCAGAACUGUGCUCUAGAGGUGCUGAUGUCCAGUUGCUCCCAGUGUCGCACCUGUGAAGCUCUGGUUUACGAAGAGGAAAUCAUCGCAGGCUGGACGUUUGACGACUCCAACCUGAACACGAUCUGUCCGUUCUGCCGCACGACCUUCCUGCCUCUGCUGCACGUCGAGUUUCACGACCUGCGCUCAAUGCCCGAUUUUUACAUGAAUCCCAGUGCGUCAGGAGACAGUUUGCAGAGCAGCAGCACUCAGCCGACAGCCAGCAGCUCAGCUGAAAUCAAAACACCAGAUCUCACGACGUUCUCUGAGGAGGAGCCGAAAGAGACUCCAAACAACCGAGCCGGAACACACAAGAGUCUGAUUCCAGGGCCGGUCCAGUCGGACCCGCUGGGUCUGCUGGAGCACCAGGCAGCAGGGAAGCAGCAGAAAUGCAGCGGGACGUCGCUCACACGCAGCAACAGUGUUGGCGGUCCGCUGCAGAGCCUGGACUACUCCCAGAGACCCGGACACGGGGUGUCCACCACCAGCCUGCCCUGCAGCCUGCAGGAGGUGUCGGAUGUCAUCGGGAAGAUACGACCAAACCCCAAACCUGUGUCUGUGCCGUACCUGAGCCCCUUGGUUCUACGAAAGGAGCUGGAGACCCUGUUGGAGAACGAGGGGGAUCAGGUCAUCUACACGCAGAAGUUCCUCAGCCAGCACCCCAUCAUCUUCUGGAAUCUGGUGUGGUAUUUACGCCGCCUGGACCUCCCCUCCCACCUGCCGGGUCUCAUCCUUACCUCUGAACACUGCAACAACGGAGUGCAGAGGCCUUCGACAGGGAGUAUACUCUGGCCUACAAAGGGCUGAACCCGGAGCAGCUCAAGUCUUUGCACCGCAUCGAUCGCCCACCCUCCUACUGCACCCAGUGGUGCCUUAGAUAUUUUGGAGCCCUCUUUAUCUGAGCAGCUGGGAGGCAGAAUCUCACUGGUUAAACUGCAAGAAGAGUGAACUUUAAAAAGAAAAACAAAUAGUUAAAUGUGGUACUUGUGUCUCCAAAGCUGCUGUUUUCCUGCUUUCCUGAAGUCUUUUUUUCAAUCGGCUGCCUUCAUGUUUGGGAAUGUUUUUUUUGCUCGUAGUGAAUAUUCUGGAUCAAGCUGAGCCACGUUUCUUUGCAUUUACCCGACAGCUGGGUGUGCAGUUACAGUCCGCCUGGUCCCUCCUGCCCCACACCGGAUCAGCAGCAGUCCUUCCAGACUCCUCCUUUGARCACUUUCUGGAGAAAAAAAAAGAAGAAAAACUUACAACCUUUACUUGUUUUUGUACAUAUUUCUCAUUGUUGUGAAAUCUGAAACCAGAGUUGCCUUCUUUUUUAAAUUUCCAGGCAGCGCAUCUCAAAGACAGGACUGUUUUUGUGUGCUCCCGAGUCUUAAAGUGUAAAAAACAAAAUAAAAUUUAAAAAAAAAAAACCGUGAACAGAGCACCGGAGGCCUCGGACAAUCACUAAUCAUCUGUCACUAAAUAAAAUGGAUUCACAACAUUCCGGCUGCAGGGCCUUACAUAAGCAUCGUUCUCUGCAGUGUGAAAUCAGCUGCGUAGAUCAAUAAACAUCCAGCGUUGAUGGCUGCCACACUACUGAUUCUCAACACAUUCAAACACAGAAAACCAUUUAAAAAUGACAAAAAAAAAAAAGCUCAAGCUUUUAGCUUUCUGCCUUUUUUAAACAGUAAACACCCUGUACUCAUAAAGCUAACACGCCUUAUAGCCGAAACUCGGCUGUUCUCUAGAUGUUUUCACUCAGUACUUUUGACUAACAGAACAUUAGAGCUCACACAGUGCUUGGAGGAUAAAAAAAAAUUAAAAAAACAGACUUUGACACGACAUUCCACUAAACGCUGAAGCAGACAGUGAAUCAUAACAGUGCUGUGAUGAAGUGAAGCAACUGAUUAUAGAUUGAGUUAUUUUUAGAUCUGAGGGUUUAACGUGUACAGAGGAGGUGAUGUAAAAAUGUUCCAUUUGCACUGCUUAGAUUAAGAUCUGACCUUAACCCCAGGAUGUGGAUAAAAUAAGACUAAACAUGAAAUGAACAGAUUUUUUUUUCCUGUCCAAACAAAAAGAUAAAAAAAAAAAGAAAUCUGAAUUAUUUAUUUUUGUAUUAUUGAUAUUUGGAUUGCAGACGGUUUAGAGUUUUUGUAACUAACAUCCUCUUCCCCUUAAAUCUGUUUUAAGGGAUUCCAUCCUGUACUGACUUUGUAAAUUUGAUUUUCUUGGUUGUACAGAAAAUAUUCUCUCUUUUUUUUWAAUAAUAGAUUAAAUAAAUGAUCUCUUACCAUCCUGUGGAAAGGAAAUGAAUGUCUGUCCUGAACUGAGCUGCAAUAAAUGAGUUUAUGAACUGAUUGAAAAUGAAA